AAAUAAAGACAGGCUAGCUAGGGCCCUACCUUCUCUUCUUUGCCUCACCUCUCUUUCCGGCUUCAUUUCUUCCCCCUUCCGCUUUCCCACGCUUCCCCGAGCUCUAUUGAGGCAACGAGUUUCCGUAUCAUCCGGCGCCGGCGGAAGGGACAAAAUAAGAUACUUCCGACGGAGACCAGAAAAGACUACCUAGUUUUGCAGUUUGCUCGGCCUUGAAAUCCGUUGCGCCGACUUUCUGCUUCGUUUGAUCCGAAACACAGUGAGUUUUUCGUGUCUGGUUGACGGCGAUUGCUAUCGUGCUGAGCUGAGCACACUAUUCACCAUGGCGCUUUCGUCUUCCGAUUUGCCUGCGAUAUAUUCGCUGCUGGCGAACUCAAUGAGCGGAGACGAGAGCGUGCGGAAGCCAGCGGAGGUGGCGCUCUCUCAGUCCGAGAGCCGGCCUGGAUUCUGCUCGUGUUUGAUGGAAGUGAUUACCGCAAAGGAUUUAGCAUCGCAGGUUGACGUUCGAUUGAUGGCUACCGUUUAUUUCAAAAAUAGCAUCAAUCGUUACUGGAGAAGCAGGCGUGACUCGGGAAUAAGCAUUGAAGAGAAAACUCACUUGAGGCAGAAGCUCCUGGCACACUUGAGAGAGGAGGACUAUAAGAUAGCUAUGAUGUUGGCUGUGCUUAUUUCAAGAAUUGCUCGUAUCGACUAUCCCAAGGACUGGCCAGAGUUCUUUUCUAUUCUGGCGAACCAGCUUCAAUCAGCUGAUAUUCUCACUUCGCACCGGAUUUUUAUGAUUCUCUUCCGAAGUUUGAAGGAGUUGUCAACUAAACGUCUCUCUGCCGAUCAAAAGAAUUACGCUGAGAUAACAUCUCAUUUCUUUGACUAUUGCUGGCAUCUUUGGCAAAGUGAUGUGAGGACUAUACUACAUGGGUUUUCGGCUCUCACUCAAAACUGUGAUCCAAAUGUUAUUGAGCAGCAUCAUGAUGAACUUUAUCUGAUCAGUGAGAGAUGGCUCUUGUGUUCAAAGAUCAUACGGCAGUUGAUAUUAUCAGGGUUUCCAAGUGAUGCGAAGGCGGUUCAGGAGGUCAGACCUGUAAAAGAGGUCUCGCCUGUGCUCUUGAAUGCGAUUCAAUCGUUGCUUCCAUAUUAUUCAUCUUUCCAGAAGGGGCAUGGGAAAUUUUGGGAAUUUGUGAAGCGGGCAUGUACCAAAUUGAUGAAGGUCUUGGUUAUGAUUCAGAAUCGCCAUCCUUAUUCAUUCAGUGAUAAGUCUGUCCUUCCACCGGUUUUGGAUUUCUGUUUAAACAAGAUAACUGAGCCUGAUCCAGAGUUACUGUCCUUUGAGCAAUUUCUGAUUCAAUGUAUGGUAAUGGUCAAGCGUGUGCUUGAAUGUAAGGAAUAUAAGCCGAGUCUUACUGGUCGUGUAAUGGAUGCAAGUGUCAUCACACUAGAGCAGACGAAGAAGAAUAUGUCGAAUGUUGUCGGUGGUGUUCUCACUUCGCUUCUUCCAAAUGAACGCAUAAUACUCUUGUGCAAUGUGUUGAUAAGAAGGUAUUUUGUUUUAAUGGCAAGUGACCUGGAAGAAUGGUCUCAGAGUCCAGAAUCUUUUCAUCAUGAGCAGGACAUGGUUCAAUGGACCGAAAAACUAAGGCCCUGUGCUGAAGCUUUGUACAUUGUGCUGUUUGAAAACUAUAGCCAGCUUUUGGCUCCAAUUGUGGUAUCCAUCCUUCAGGAGUCCAUGAGUGGUUGCCCUGCAUCAGCCAUAGAGAUCACACCAGGCUUGCUUUUGAAAGAGGCUGCUUAUGGUGCUGCUGCAUAUGUUUACUAUGAGCUUUCAAACUACCUAAGCUUCAAAGAAUGGUUUAAUGGUGCCUUGUCUCUUGAACUGUCUAAUGAUCAUCAUAAUAUGCUUAUCAUCCACCGCAAGAUUGCCCUGGUACUGGGACAAUGGGUUUCUGAGAUUAAGGAUGACACGAAACGACCUGUGUAUUGUGGAUUGAUCAGAUUGCUGCAAGCCAAAGACCUGUCUGUCAAACUAGCAGCUUGUCGGUCUUUGUGUUCACAUAUUGAAGAUGCCAACUUCUCUGAGCAUGAAUUUAUGGAUCUCCUUCCUGUUUGCUGGGACUCCUGUUUCAAGUUGUUUGACGAGGUUCAAGAAUUAGACUCAAAGGUUCAGGUUUUGAAUUUGAUCUCCAUUCUCAUUGCACAUGUCAGUGAAAUCAUUCCAUAUGCGAACCAGUUGGUGCAGUUUUUUCGGAAGGUUUGGGAAGAAUCUUCUGGUGAGAGUCUACUGCAAAUGCAGCUUCUCGUUGCUCUAAGGAACUUUCUGGUUGCACUGGGUUAUCAGUCACCAAAUUGCUAUAGCGUACUUCUACCUAUUCUGCAAAGAGGGCUUGAUAUAAAUAGCCCAGAUGAACUCCUGGAGGACAGUAUGUUGUUGUGGGAAGCAACACUUUCUAAUGCUCCCGGAAUGGUGCCUCAACUGUUGACGUAUUUCCCUUGUUUACUUGAUAUCCUGGAAAGAAGUUUCGAUCACUUAGAGGUGGCUGUAAAUAUCAUUGAGGAUUAUGUGAUAUUAGGUGGAGCAGAAUUUCUGAACAUGCAUGCUUCUGCUGUUGCAAAACUUCUUGAUCUGAUAGUUGGAAAUGUCAACAACAGAGGGAUGCGUUCUAUUAUUCCUGUAAUUGAUAUGUUAAUCCAGUGUUUCCCCAUGGAAGUGCCUCCACUUAUCAACAGCACCUUACAAAAACUUAUCGUGAUCUGUUUGAGUGGGGGAGACGACUAUGAUCCUUCUAAAACAGCAGUUAAAGCAUCUUCAUCUGCAAUCUUAGCAAGAAUAUUGGUAAUGAACACCAACUAUCUUGCCCAGUUGACGGCAGAACCAUCACUUCCAUUACUCCUCCAGCAAGCAAGUAUACCAGCCGAGGACAAUAUACUUUUAUCCCUUGUUGACAUAUGGCUUGACAAGGUGGACAACGCAACUUCCAACCAGAGAAAAACAUUCGGCCUCGCCCUUUCAAUAAUUUUGACUCUAAGGCUGCCUCAGGUCCUUGAUAAGCUUGAUCUUAUCCUGAGUGUGUGCACAAGCAUUAUAAUGGGAGGUACUGAUGAAUCGGCUGAUGAAGAUUCCAGUAGCGAUAAUAUGAGUUCCAGCAGGUCUCACGAUGAUGGUAAUAUUGUGAGUAAAGAACUCCGAAAAAGACAGAUUAAGUUUUCAGACCCCAUCAACCAGUUGUCGUUAGAGAAUCUAGUGCGAGAAAACCUUAAAACAUGUGGGGCAGUACACGGAGAAGCCUUUAAUGUAGCUAUAAGUAGAAUGCAUCCCUCGGCGUUUGCUCAGUUGAAACAGGCUCUGAAGAUGCCAUAACCAAGUGUUGAUACUUUUACCUUCUAGACCGAAGCAGCUACUCUUGCUCGGUUGUCCUAACAUUCAUUCCAUUUUUCUGCAUAGGUAUUAUGAUGCUUGUAAGAGUUUGUUUUGGCGAACUUUUACGGCGUGGAUGCAAUUAUUUUCGGCCGAAUUGGUUUGGUGUGGAGGGGUACUGGAGGGUUGCAUCGUGAAUUGUCCAUUUUUUCAGAGUUGAGCCAUUUUUGUAAAUGCCGUUUUAUAGGAGCAAGAUAUCCUGUAAAUAGGUUGCGGGUCCAACCCUUUGUAUUCUGGAGAUAGGAUAACCAGAAGGUUGGGUUGGUCUCGGCAUAGGCUCUUUUGUUUUACGAGACUUUGAGAAUGAGGUGAAAAAGUUCAUUGUAAUAGGAAAAAAAGGUAGUGGAAUUUAAACUGCGUGUUAUUGUCACGAAGCUUUAUAUGUCGUGUAAUAGCAAAGUUUUGAGAAUUUUUUUUUUUCACUCCGAAUUUGCUUGGCGCUGUGAGUGAUGGUCUAUUGGUAUUCGAAGUACCUUUCAGGACACAUCCGACCUUUGAUUUGGUUAAUCUCGAUGAGACUUGGAAAGCAUUGGGAA